AUGAAGUCCUACGUUCCUCAUUCGCAACGACCCGAAUUCGCAGAUCUCACUCCCAUCCCUCAAGAUGAAGGAACCCAUCCAGUGGUACAGAUCGCUUACACGGAUGAAUUUAAAGAAACAAUGAAUUAUUUUCGAGCCAUUGUCCAACGAAAUGAAAUUAGCGAACGAGCCUUGUUGAUCACUGCAGAGGCAAUUGAAUUAAAUCCUGCUAAUUAUACUGCUUGGCACUUUAGAAGAAUUGUUCUUGAUGGACUGAAUUAUGAUCUCUCAAAAGAAAUUGAAUAUUUAAAUAGAGUUUCCGAAGAUAAUCCAAAAAAUUAUCAAAUUUGGUAUCAUCGUCAAGCCUUGAUUGAAAAGUUAAGAGUGACAGAAGGCGAGAAGGAAUUUGUUGAGAAAAUGUUUGAUGAUGAUUCAAAGAAUUAUCACGUUUGGACUUUUAGACAAUGGUUAGUGAAGGAGUUUUCAUUGUGGGAUGGUGAAUUGGAUUUUGUUGUAAGAUUAUUGGCAAAGGAUUUGAGAAACAACAGUGCAUGGAAUUAUCGUUUCUUUGUCAUUCAAAAUACAACAUGUGAUUUUGAAAAGAAUAUUCAAAUCAGAAAAGAUGAAAUUGACUUUGCGUUUAAAUACAUUCUCAUGGCUCCCAACAAUGAAAGUCCAUGGAAUUAUGCAAAGGGUAUGACAACUUUUAAAUUAGAUGAAAGUUCUGAAGGAUACAAGGAACUAUUGCAGUACGUGGAGGAAAAGACUCGAUCUGUUUUGAACAAGGUGUCUGUCAAUCCUCAUGCCAAUUAUUUAUUAUUCUGCUGUUUAUUAAGAUUGGGUAAUUUGCAAGAAGCCCUAUCUGUUUGUCACACGUUGCAGAAAGUGGAUGGCAUUAGAAAGAAAUAUUGGGCAUUCAGAGCUGAACAAAUUCAGAAUUUGAUCCAAUCAUUGUAA